GGGGGCGGGGACACUAUAAAAGCCGUGCGCAGGCGCCGCCGCGUUCUCUUUGGAGCUGGGCGAGGUCCCGGAGCCGCCGCCAUGGGCCGCCGCCCGGCGCGAUGUUACAGGUACUGCAAGAACAAACCGUACCCCAAGUCCCGCUUCUGCCGCGGGGUCCCCGACCCCAAGAUCCGCAUCUUCGACCUGGGCCGCAAGAAGGCGAAGGUGGACGAGUUCCCCCUCUGCGGGCACAUGGUGUCGGAUGAGUACGAGCAGCUCAGCUCCGAGGCGCUGGAGGCCGCCCGGAUCUGCGCCAACAAGUACAUGGUGAAGAGCUGCGGGAAGGACGGGUUCCACAUCCGCGUGCGCCUGCACCCCUUCCACGUCAUCCGCAUCAACAAGAUGCUCUCGUGUGCUGGGGCGGACAGGCUGCAGACGGGGAUGCGCGGCGCCUUCGGGAAGCCGCAGGGGACGGUGGCGCGGGUGCACAUCGGGCAGGUCAUCAUGUCCAUCCGCACCAAGGCGCAGAACAAGGAGCACGUGGUGGAGGCGCUGCGCCGCGCCAAGUUCAAGUUCCCGGGGCGCCAGAAGAUCCACAUCUCCAAGAAGUGGGGCUUCACCAAGUUCAACGCUGACGCCUUCGAGGAGAUGGUGGCGCAGAAGCGGCUCAUCCCCGACGGCUGCGGCGUCAAGUAUGUCCCGUGCAGGGGGCCCCUGGACCGCUGGCGGGCGCUGCACGCGGCCUGAGCCCCCCCCCCCCCGCACCCCAAAACACCCCCCGUGGGACCCCCUGAAACCCCCCCCAUGGGACCUCCCAGCACCGAGCACCGCCAGGGGGCGGCCUCACGGCCAGGGAGGGGGCUCUUUGGGUGCAAGUCCCCACCUGCCAGAGCGCCCCCUGGCGGGCGGGAGGACACCUCCAGCACUCUGGAGGACCUGGGGGGGGUGUUUUUGGGGGGUCCCGGCACAAAUAAAGGUCUAUGGGGCCCCUCCCCCUC